GCAGGACAGAUUAAUACCAGUUGUUAUUGCUCCUGGCCUGGAUUUUUGUUUAAGCAUUUGUGUGUUUUAGGAGGGGAGGGUAGGAGCUGGUUGGGGCUGGGUGCUUCUACUAGAGAAGUCAGGAGGUAUAAAACAUGCAGACAACCACAGUUCUGCACCAGUCUGCUGAGACACAUUGAGCUCCUCAUCUUGUCCUCCGACAAAGCUCCUCUAAUCAGCCAUGUCCUUCACCGGGAAAUACCAGAUGGUGAGAAAGGAGAACUUUGAUGAGUAUAUGCAACUGCAUGGACUCAAUAAUGACCUCGUCAAGAAGGGUAUUGACGACAUGUGGGUGACCGAGAUCAACCAGAAUGAUGACUUCACCUUGACCAAACAGUUCAAGAACCGCAGCUGGACAAACACCUUCACUGUCGGGGAGCACUGUGAGCUGACGUCUGUCAACGGUGUCAAGUUCAUGACCACCCCCACCAUCGAAGAAGGGAAGCUGAAGAUCCAGUAUCCUCUCUAUCUUUACACCGCUGAAGUGAAUGGUGACGAGCUGAUUGAGACCAAUACAAUCUUCACCAAGAAAGGAAGUUCUAUCUGUUACUACUACAGCAAGAGGAUCUGAGUCUUAAGGGCAGCCAGGCCCUUCUGCAUUGGGUUGACAUGCUAUAUAUUCAUCCUGCCACUAGGGGCAGUGUGAACAUGUCCCUCUGUGUUCCUCAGUAACCAAGCUGUCUAGUAAAAGCAAGAGAAAUAAAGUUUUCCUGGUAUA